GGCUGUAACCCCAGAUCACAGUUAGCAUACUGGAAAAUCCAGCGUCCUUUCGGAGCAGAUUAAUCUAAAGAAGGAUUUUCGUACCCUUAAUUGACUCUUGGAUGUUUGUAAAAUGUCAGGGUUUCAGGAUUCUUCAGAUGUCCAGAAGCUGAUUGUGAUGACAGAAGAGGUUCUCCCUAAGCAGCAGGAGAGGAGCUUCAGUCUGGACCAGGAGGAGCCACCAGAACCAGCACACAUUAAAGAGGAACAAGAGGAACUGUGGAUCAGUCAGGAGAGAGAGCAGUGUCCAGAAGCAGAGGAGGCCGGUAUCAGCAUGUUCACAUUCACUCCUGUCCCUGUGAAGAGCGAAGAAGAAGAUGGACUGGAAUCUCAGUCCUCAAAGCUUGAUGAAAUCCAGAGAGCAGAGAACGGAGACACAGAGAAUUUGAAAACAGAAUCUGAUGGAGAAGACUGUGGAGGAUCAAAAGCAGACAGAGAGAUUUAUCCAGACUGUCAUUCACAGACAAUUCCUCCUGACAAGAUUUCACACCUUUCUGGAUCCGAUACUGAUGACAGUGCUGAUUGGGAGGAGACUGAUGAACCUCAGAGAGGUUUAAACCCCAAGCAAAACACUGAUAUAGGUCUGAGUGAUUUCAAAUGUAGCACUGGAGACUCAGUUAGCUCCUCUGAAUGUCCUCCAAGCUUUGGAGAUAACAAACAAGUACAGAAACUUGAAGGAACCCAUACAGGAGAUAAAGGUCUGAGCUGCUCAGUUUGUCAUAAAAGAUUUCCAAACCCAAGUAAUCUGAAGCGACACUCGACUGUCCACACAGGAGUGAAACAAUUUAGCUGUUCAUUUUGUGAAAAAAGAUUUUCUCGACAACACCAUCUGAAGAGACACCUGACUGUCCACACAAAAGAGAAACAAUUUAGCUGUUCAUUCUGUGAAAAAAGAUUUUCACAACAAUACAACUUGACAAGCCACUUAACUGUCCACACAGUGGAGCAGCCAUUUAGUUGUUCAUUAUGUGGUAAAGGAUUCUCUCACCAAACAUAUCUCAAGAAACACAUGACUGUCCACACAGGGGAGAAACUUUUUAGCUGUUCAGUUUGUCAUAAAAGAUUCUCAAGAAAAGAAAAUCUGAAGGAACACUUGACUGUCCACACAGAGGAAAAACCAUUUAGUUGUUCAGUUUGUCAUAAUAAAUAUUCCAAGAACAGGUAUCUGAAACGACACAUGACUGUCCACACAGGGGAGCAACCAUUUAGUUGCCCUGUUUGUGAUAAAAAAUUCUUUAUUGAAGGGUAUCUAAAGGAUCACUUGUCCAGUCACACAGGGGCAAAUCGAUUUAGCUGUACAGUUUGCAGUAAAAGCUUUUUACGACAAGGACAUCUAAAACAACACAUGACUGUCCACACAAGGGAGAAACCAUUUAGUUGUUCAGUUUGUCAUCAAAGAUUUUCUUACAAACGAGAUCUGAAGCAACACUUGACUGUCCACACAGGAGAGAAACCGUCAAGCUGUUUCAUUUGCGGUAAAAGUUUUUCAUGCCAAGAACAACUAAUAGAACACUUGACUGUCCACACAGAAGAGAAACCAUUUAGUUGCUCAGAUUGUCAUCAAAGAUUUUCUCACCAGUAUCAGCUGAAGGAGCACUUGACCUUACACACAAGGGGAAAAACCAUUUAGUUAUUCAGUUUGUGGUAAAAGAUUUGCAAGGAGUGGAGAGGCAAGAAGACACUCUUUCAUCCACACAAAGGAGAAAAAAUCUAGGUGAAAUGUAAGUGAUUAAACAUGCAGAAAGCAAGGGCAUCUCAAGAUCCACAAGUGUGGUGGAAGAAGCCACUUCAUGAUUUAAAUGUACUUUUUACUCUUGUUAUUGUCAUUAUUUUUACACAUUAUUUCUUACUACUGUAACUGUGGUAUGUCACUCAGUGCCUUGCUCAUGGUGGAUUAAUGUUAAUUUUUGUAAAUAUAACAAUGAUGACAGUGAAUACCUGCUCGUUGUUAAAUUGUCUUGAGAUCAUAUUUGUUAUGAAAUAGUAUACAACAAAAGAUUAAAUGGUAGA